GAGAGCGUGCGUUCCACUUUGUACGAGCAGUGUCUUUCUCGAGCUUGUGUGUGAACAAGCAUAUAUCGGUGCCCUUCUUUCAAACAUUUCAAACGUUGUCGAAAGUAAUCAUCACAUUAUAACAAUGAAUAAGCAAAUUAUUAUUCUUUUGAGCUUAGGUAUCGUAGCUUUUUGCGAGGGCAAAGAACUUUCGGACCUUUUGCAAGAUGAAAAAUUCGUAGAAAACGUAAAGAACUGUAUAUUGGAUAAAGAAACAUGCGACGACAUGGGAUUUAAAGUGCGAAAUGUUCUACUGCCUGAAUUGAUCAGCAGAGAUUGCGAAAGUUGUAGUCCUUCUUUGAAGAAAGAUGGGCAAACGUUACUGGCGCUUCUGAAGGAACGAUAUUCUACCGAGUGGAUUAUUAUCUCCCACAUGUACGAUCAGGAGAUCUACGAUAUUCCUGGCUAUUACACGACUCCGCUGAUGCCACCGCUAUGAAAACCGACGCGCAGUUAUUUUUACAAUCUAUUCUUUAACAUAUUUGUAAAAAGUACUCUGAAUAUUAAAAUAUUUCAUACAUAUAUAAAGCCUUCAAAUACA